CAAUUGCCUUUGUUGACCUCCAGCGAGUGUGUAUUGCUAUUUACGUUUUUUGUUCUUGUUUUCCUAUUGACACGACACGUCAAAAGCUCCGCUCGGAGUGACGUUCCCAAAACAAACCCAACUGUCAAUCGGAGACUGCAUUUCAAGCUUCCCUUGGCGAAAUGCCAGAAAAGCUCUACACAGAGUGGGGUGCAAGUCGAAGGAAGCCCACCAAAUGUCAUCAAGUGCAGAAAAAAAGGAUAAUGCGAGGGUUGAAAACACAACUCUGAAACUCUCGCUGGCAAAGCAUUCGUUUACGGUAAUCUAAUAGACGAAGGAGAAAUUGCAGUGCCGUUCCAGAUAAUGGUGAAGCGCAUCUAGGACACGUUUGGAUAAGGAGUGUGUCUGUGCAAGUGUUUGUGUGGUGGCCCGCAGACGGUUUGGGAGGAUUUCGCAGGAAAGGAGGCCACACGCGAGCCGAUUAUGAAACUAGGUCUCGUAGGUCCUGAAGACUUGCGAGCAGCGUGAACAUCGGCACCAGACGGGUGGUUCGUAGAAUCGCAACGGGAAAGCUCUGGCUAUCUUCGAUUGGUGGCAACGACGUCGACGGUGGUGGCGGUGGUGGCUCGCGCUGCCACGGAUCGGUCAGAUAGGCAUGAACAAGGCGCUACUGGUGUUUAUUGUGGCCAGCGGGUUUCUACUGUUUAUCUAUGCCAACAGUAGCGUCUUCAAUCGGCAUCUGGUGCAGAAGGAUACCCCGGAACGGCUGGCAGCGGCGGCAGCUCUGGUGCACAGUAAUCACCAUCACCAGCAUAAGCCCCAUGAAGGAAAGCACCGAAACGGUACGGGAAGUGAAGACGGUAUCAGUGACCAAUUGGCAAGCAAGCUGAAACGCGUAAAGUACGUCUCGAAGGGUACUAACGAUACCGAGUACAACAUCUUCCUCAUUUACACAAAGGAAAGCCAAAAUCAGAUUCUGCACAGUCAGUUGGAAUUAUUUCUUCGCAGUCUCCUCAAAUAUAGCACGAUCGAGCUUCACCUGCACAUCAUCACAGACGAGCAGAGCGAACGAUCGGCGGAAGAGCUGAUCAAGCAGCAGAUCGAACGAUUUCAUAGAACUGCAUUCUACACGCUGUAUGAUGUUCGGGACUGUGCGGAGAAGAUUAGCGACAUCGUGCAUGGGAUGAUGCCACUGUUCAACUAUCGUUCCGGAAGCUAUUACAGUGAUGCCUUAUUUCUGUUGUCGCUUGGCUUGCAUCGCAUCGUCGAUCGGAACAUGCGCCGAGCGAUUUUGAUAGAUUGUGACGUCGUGUUCCGUGCUUCCAUUAAGGAGUUGUUCGAUCAGUUCGAGUUAUUCGCACCUGAUCAGUUGUUUGGAUUGGCUCCCGAGUUGACGCCCGUGUAUCGGCAUGUUCUUUCUCGGUACCGGAUGAACAAUCCGCAGACAAUCUUCGGUAGUCCGUACUAUCUGGACAAACUGGCCCCGCCAACAGACGUUUUGUCGCCAACUACCAAUGAUGCAUUGCGCAGCAAGAAAACAUCGGCCGAUGAAAAGCGAAAUCAUGGAUAUCCGGGGCUGAAUUCUGGUGUCGUAAUGCUGCACCUUGACCGCAUUCGACGCUCGCGGCUGUACGAGGAGAUCAUCAAGGAGUCCACCGUGAAGAACAUGGCAGAGAAGUACUCCUUCCAGGGUCAUUUGGGCGAUCAGGACUUUUACACACUGAUGGGGUUCGAGUUUCCCGGACUGAUUUACAGAUUGGAUUGCGUUUGGAAUCGCCAGCUAUGUACGUGGUGGCGGGAACACGGAUACAGUGACAUCUUCGAUAGCUACUUUCGCUGUGAAGGCACAGUUAAGAUAUACCACGGUAAUUGCAACACGCGGGCACCCGAGUAGGCAAUGCUUCAUCGAAGAUGGUCUGUACAUUGUUUUCGCUCUCUAUCCUUCUCUUCGAAUCCUCCGACUGUAUAUGUUUAUACAUUCCAGUUUCCACUGUCCAUUCGUUCUUUAACAUUCCAUAUUAGCGUUUCGUUAGCCAUAGACUAUAGGGAGGAAAGUAUGUUGUAGGAUUAUUUAUAACGAUCUCAACCCGAAACGACGUCUCUCUGCGCAUAUUUCGUCAAUAGCGCCACAUACGACGCAAGGUCGUAUUCGGAGUAGAUGAUUUCUUUUGUUUGCCUUAGACUAUUCUGCUAGAACCAGCUCUUCCAGACAGUGUCGAUCGAUCGUACAACGACGAAUGGAGCGAUGUUGGAAAUUAAGUUUUUAAGAAAAACUAAAAGUUUCCCAACUUUCCCCUUCCGUGCAAUAGUUACUUCGUUGUGUGCAUUCGUUUUUGUGUUAUAUUAGAUUGUCAAUGUUACAGAAAUGAGUUUUAUUUUUUAAAUACAGUUUUAAUCUAUAGUUUUAGCGCGCCUAGUGCAUUUAUUAGCUGCCAGUAUGAAGGUAUUUAAGUGCUAGGGAAUUGAUAGAGAUGGUUUUAACUAUUAAAAACCUUACAUUUUGUGAGUUAGUAAAGGAAACGAAUAAGAAUCAAAUUAGGUUAGGUCGUACAAAAGAUUUGAGGAAGCUUGAACUAAACAAACACGUUGCUGUCAAACACCGGAAUCUCUUCAUACCGUUUACCGUUGUGGAAACGCGAUAGUCAGUUGAAAUAGGCGAGCGGCCAGCACAUGAAAUCCAUUUUACAUGGCCUAAUUAGCUGGACAUAAUAUCGAAACGAAAACGAAUAAUAAAAACAACCAAUUUUCCCUUUUUGA